UUGGCACCUUAUUUGUAUCCUUUCACCAACUAAAUCUUUUAGCUCAUGUCGGAUUCUUUAGAGGUUACAUCCUCAAAACUUACUCUAAAUGAUGUUUCUGAGAAAUCUGAUUCGAAUGGAAGCUGCCCCAAAACUAUGACCGACAAGGUAAGAAGGGCUCGACUAGAGGAUGCCUUUAGGACUAUCAUUGAGUGUUCGGGGGAGGAUCCUGACAGAGAUGGGCUGAAAGACACUCCGGCUAGAGCUGCUAAAAGUAUCAUGUACCUUACUAAAGGUUACAACGAGACUUUAGAAGAUAUGGUAGGGGGGGCUAAGUUCGAGGAAGAGUACAUGCAGAUGGUUACUGUCAGAGAUAUCGAAUAUCACUCUCUCUGUGAGCAUCAUCUUCUUCCCUUUUACGGAAAGAUCCAUAUCGGCUACAUCCCUACUGGUAAAGUUGUGGGACUAAGCAAACUUGCUAGGAUUGCGGAUAUGUACGCUCGCAGAUUCCAGAACCAGGAGAGAAUAACUAAAGAGAUAGCAGCAGCAGUGGUGGACACUAUAGACCCCUCAGGUGUUGGAGUUAUUGUGACAGGAGUACACAUGUGCAUGUCUAUGAGAGGGGUACAAAAGACAGGAGCGGAGACCUUUACCAGCACCAUGCUAGGAACCUUCCUAGACGACCCUAAAACCCGCGACGAGUUCUUGAGAAUAUGUACCCGUCAGUAAAAACAAACUCAGCAGGGGAAAAGUAGCAAUCACGUCUUGUCGGUUGGGAUAAACGCUUGUUUUUUUAAGUGCAAACACUUGGUCCAUUACAAUUAGUAUGACAAUUAGUAUGACAAUUUAAGAAAAUGAAACGUUCAAUUUAAAAUGAUCUGGUGAUUUAGGAAUCGCAUGAUCUUUUAUUUCUCUGAUCAAUUUUAGUGACCCUUGCAAUUUUGACGUAAUUUUAGUUUCUAUAAUUCAAAUAAAUUCCUUGUAUAUGUAUAAUGACAAUGUAUAUUGUAAGCUGGAUAGACCAGAUUUUAUCAUUGUGAGUUUUCUAGCAUCUUUAUCGAUAAAUUCAGAAAAAGUGUGCAUUUUAAUCUCAUACACAAUUCAUUAAUUUCACUGCUCAUAAUUUUCGAAUUGAACCGUUCUUGAGGUAAAAAAGAACGUAUUGUUUGGUAGCUGUUUUAUCACUAUUAUUAAAUUGAGUAAAAAUUAUGAAUAAAAAAUGAUAAUGUGUUUAAUUUCAUUCAGCUCAAAAAUAUUGUUUACUAAAAUUCUAAUAUUAAAGUCAUUUCUUAAAACUGAAAAUAAGUUUAUUUUCAGUCGAAGUCUCCCAACAAAUAAUGCAUCGGAUUCUACACAAAGCAAAGAAAGUGUGCCAUAUAUAGGCGAAACAAAAAUCGGUCCUCAGGAAACCAAUACCCGCUCACAGUAAACUUAUUUGAACCAAAUAUGCUUUGACUUAAAGAUGAAAAAAUGUUUAUUAAUAUCACGUAUAUUGUAAUUAUAAAAACCUCUAAAACCCGGUAAUAUAUAUUCAUAUCACCAUGAAAAUGUUAAGUAUAUAUUUCAAUAUUAAGUUUUUUCAUGUUUGAUCUGAAUUCUUUAACUUCAAGUGUGUACUAUGCAAAUUGUCCGAAAUUGUCCGGUCUAUCAGAGCUAUUAUCUUAUUAUUGCUCGAAUAUAUUUAUACUUUUAU